UUUUUUGUUGUCAUCCUGUCAUCUUUUUUGUGUGUGAAUUUGUGCAACACAAGAAUAAAACAAAUUUAUUUCUUCACUGAUUUGCAUUGUUAAUUAAUUAUCAAAUAAAAUUCAUCGAAAAUCAUGGCAGAAGAAAAUGAAACUCCAUCAACAUCGGACAAAUUGGAAGAGACCGCCGAGACUUCCACCAAACCGGAGGAAAAAAUGUUCACUUUAAAGAAAUGGAAUGCAGUUGCAAUGUGGAGUUGGGAUGUUGAGUGUGAUAUUUGCGCCAUUUGCCGUGUCCAAGUAAUGGAUGCCUGCCUUCGUUGUCAAGCUGAAAACAAACGAGAAGUCCUGGGUCGCCAGGACUGUGUUGUGGUUUGGGGCGAAUGCAACCACUCCUUCCAUCAUUGCUGCAUGUCCUUGUGGGUAAAACAAAAUAAUCGAUGUCCUUUGUGCCAACAAGAAUGGUCCAUUCAACGAAUGGGCAAAUGAAAGAGCCACCAUCACUAUCAAGAACAAAACACACACACCAACCAACACCAAUCCAUUGCAGCAUGAUCUCAGUCAGCAAAUCCGUCGUUAAAGAACUUUUUGCACAUGCGCGCCAUGUCUUCAUUAAAAAAUAAUUACAAUUUAUAAGAUUUAUUAAAAAAAAAUAAAAAACAAUAGAAAGUUAAAAAAAAAAAUACAUAAAAUAAUUCAAAAUAAAUAGCAAUAUGGACUCAUUGUCAGUAGUUAUCAGUUGUAUAUGGAUCGAAUAGAAUUUAAGAUGAAAAUUUUUUUAAUUGUUAUGGCCGCUAGUGAAUUGGAAUUUUUGUUACAUUUUGUUCGUUUUCCUUUAAAAAAUAAAAAUAUUUCUUUCUUUCGUAAUUUGAACAAAGCAGAAUUAAAUAAAGUUAAUGAUUGUGGUGCAGAACAUUU